GGCGUAUUUUGAGAUUUUUCUGCCAGUUGGCUGAAAAGACGAGUGGAAAUAUCAAGAGUGGAAUUUUUUCACAAGUUCAAAAUUCGCCGAAUAUUCAGGGACAAUGCUCGUGUGGACAAGUGCCGCAUUUCUGUUCGUGUGUCUCAUGCCCCCUGCUUCAAUUCAUGUAGCAGCUGGGACACCUCCUAUCGAUGACCAGGAAUCGAAAACUUCGGAUAAUUUGGGCAGCUGGGACCGUUUGCCCGUCAUUGGUGUUUUGACGCAGAAAACGAAUUAUCCAACAAGCGCCGAACUUGGAACAACAUUCAUUCUGGCCCAGUAUGUGAAAUGGCUGCAAGCAGGUGGCGCCAAUGUCGUCCCAAUAAGACCCAACCAGCCAGACAGUUACUAUGAAGACAUCACCAGUAAGAUAAAUGGGGUACUCUUCCCAGGUGGGGGGAGAAACCUUCGAAUCUCCGGUUACGCCAAGGCUGCAAAGAAGAUCAAUCAGCUUGCCCUAGAGUACAACGAUGCAGGGAGCUACUUUCCACUUUGGGGGACAUGUCUUGGCUUCCAACUGAUGAACGCCCUCAGAACUGAAGGGAUGGACGAUGCCCCAGGGUUCAAAUACGCCUCGUUGACGAGAUGCGAUGCGAAAGAGUACAUGAUCCCACUCAAUUUUACCAAAGAUUUCCGCUCCAGUCGUCUCUUCAAGUCGAUGGAUCCUUCCUUAGUGAAAAUAAUUUCGGAGAAAAACAUAACAGCGAACCAGCACAAGUUCUGUGUUCCUCCAUGGAUCCACAACACCACCGAAGAGCUCAGCUCGUUUUUCAGCAUUUUGUCUACGAAUACUGACAGGAAGGGAUUCGAAUUCAUCUCUACGAUGGAAGCGAAGGACUACCCAUUUUAUGGCGUCCAGUGGCACGCUGAGAGGGGUAUCUUUGGGAUGGGAGCGCGGCACACGGAGUUGUUCACCAGCGAGUCCGUCAGAGUAGGGCAGUAUUUCACCAACUUCUUUGUGAAUGAAGCCCGAAAGAGCGACCACAGAUUUACCAGUACGGCAGAGGAGGCUUCCGUCUUGAUUGACAAUCAUCACCCAGUCAGGAUACCAUUCAAGCACUACCUGAGAUACAUCUUCCCCGAAAACUAAGUCAAAAACCGGUCAAAUACUCAGGCACUAUAUUCAAACUUAUAACGCAAAUUGUCAUUCCGUCUCGGACUGUGACGGACACUAGCUGUACCUUUCGGAGACAGCCUUUGAUGUCCGUAUGCCGACCGAACAUGUAAAAUGUACAUGUUCAGGUACAUGUACGUACAUACUGAACAAUGCACCCCAUGUUUGGUUGUUUCUAUAGCAAAUCUGGCGAGCAAAGAUGACUGGUAUCUCGUUGGUAGUCGUAAAUGUGACGUGUUGCGGCUGAAAGCCGUAUCACGCGUAAAAAAGUGGUCGAACUGCGUGUUGAUUCUUAUUGAUUGACAUUUAUUAAGUAACAACAACAGACUUUUGCCGGUUUUAACCUCUGUAUUCCAUGUUUGUUAAAAUCCAGUGACAUCCGAAAGUGGCUAGCCCUGAAGAAAAGAAGGGAAAAACAUAAAAGCAAUCCUGGCAUUGCAUUUACAGCAUGCAAAACUGACUUCAUUUGUCAACAUUUUAUCAUCAGGGGCUAUUAAUUUGAAUGGUUGCAGCAAGAUGAUUGUCCAAGCUAAUGAGAUAUCAGACAAAAAAGCUAUUUGUGUAUGAGUUAUCUAUUUUGCUAAAUAAAGGUAGACUGUACCACGCCAAUAUAGCGUACUCUUGUAUUUUACGUUUCCCAAAUUUACCGAUCGCCCCAAAAUAACAACUUGUGAUUGGUCAGUUUCCGGUGACUAUUACAUCGGUGCAGAAACUUAGGCUCCCGAUUGGUCGUCAAGACAGGAACCAGGUCAGUCUGAUAUUCUCCCUGCCAACACAGAUCACUAUUGGUU